AUGACGGACCGCACCUUUUCGUUCAGCUCUGCCACACUGUGCUCGCAUCAGCUGGACGAGGAGAAGCUGGAUUGGUGGAGGCACUCUCGGCAUGGAAGGCCAAGACAAAGGGAGAACUACCUGUGCCCAAUGGUCCGAGGAUGCCAGAACAGCCACAGAGAGCCACUGGAGUGUCGGGACGUGCUGGUCCAGAAUGCACUCUUCACAGGGGACCUGGAGAUGAUUCAGAAGUACUUCACCAAGGGUGCAGCUAUCAAUCUCAUCAUUGAGGCCAAGGGUGAUGAGCUGCGUUGGACUAGCAGGAAAUUUGGAUUGUGGUCUCUGACCUAUGAGCAGGAGCUCACCACACCACUGCACAUCACAGCUGGCCGAGGCUAUGCCGACUGCCUGCACUACCUGCUCCUCAGGGGUGCUUCUGUUAACUUUGCACCGGGCGGCAAGACUGCCCUGCACGAGGCCUGUGCAGCGGCCAGUACGGACUGCGUGCGCCUGCUGCUCAGCUUUGGAGCUGACCCCGAGGCGGUCUCUGAGGAUGGCUGCAAACCUCUGCAUUUCUGCAAGAGUCCGGACUCCAUCCAGUGUGUCCAGCAGCUGUUGCAGCAUGGUGCCAAUGUGAACAGCCGGACAGAGGAGGAGGACAACACAGCACUGCAUGUGGCAGCACAACAUGGCCUGGCAGAGCACGUUAGGCUGCUUCUGCGCCACGGGGCAGAGCUGGAAGCAAAGAAUGAGGAGGGACAGACCCCGCUGAAUGCUGCCUGUGCUCAGCCCCACCAGCCUCAGGACAUGGAACGCUACUACAGGGUCUGCCAGCUUCUUGUGGAUAGCGGUGCUAACAUCAAUGCUGCAGACAGGGACCGCCAGCACCCACUUCACUUGGCCUGCAAGAAUGCCAACGCUCAAGUAGUGGAAUUACUACUGGCCCGGGGUGCACAUGUCAACAUCAUGAACUACAGUGGCAACACAGCGCUGCACAAUAUCUUGCAAACCACUGCCUACAAGCUGGAGCACCAUCCAGAGCUUGUGGUCCGAGCCCUGCUCAACUAUGGUGCCAUCCGCAUCUGGCCUGGCUCCCUCCUCAAGGUGCUGCGAUACUGCCACAAGUGCCCACGUGUCAUCGAGGCCCUGAUGAACAGCUAUGAGCACGUGCGUGUGACUGAGGACUGGGUGGAGGCUGUUCCAGCGGAGGUGGUAGAGAAAUACCCACGUUUCUACCAGUCACUCUUUGCCCUGGAGCAAGGUCCUCGCUCCUUGCAGCACCUGGCUCGCUGCACACUCAGGACCUUCUUGGAGGGCCGGUUGCUUCAGGUCCUGUCGCAGCUGCACCUGCCAAGUGCCGUGCACCAGUUCCUACUGCUCGGCUUUGAAGAUGUUCUCUACUAAGAGAUGCUGCUCAACUGUGUCCCUGUGCCACCAUUCAGUCCCUGCCACUGCAGCCUGCACCAGCUCAGCUAUCUCCCUCCCUCAUCUCCCACCUGUCCAUGUUA